GAUCUUCCAGAAGACCAAGUGCAGCAUGUGCAACAGCCCGCUAGAGCUGCCAUCUGUGCACUUCCUGUGUGGCCACUCUUUCCAUCAGCACUGCCUAGAGAGCUUUGCUGAGAGUGAGGCCGAGUGCCCCACCUGCACCCCUGAGAACAGGAAAGUGAUGGACAUGUUGCGUGCACAAGAUCAGAAACGAGAUCUGCAUGACCAUUUCCACAGACAGCUGAAAUGCUCUAAUGACGGCUUCUCAGUCAUCGCUGACUAUUUUGGCCGUGGAGUGUUUAACAAACUCACUCUGAUAACGGAUCCUCCCGGAGGAAAGAGUGGAGCUGGGAAUCUGGAGGCUGAAUUCAACAGAGAUCUGCUCAUUAACACUAAGAGGAAUGUUUGAGAGCUGGACUGGAGUUCAUAUUAAAAGAAGAAGUGCUGAUCUAGGGUCAGAUGUCUGACUAGGGUCUGCUGCAGAAACAGCUCUACACUACUUGAAUGGCAUUUGAACAAAUCCAAAUUAAGCCCCCGCAACUCCUCUUCUUAGUGUUGAUUUAUUUAUAGGCUUAAUAGCGGAGAGCAAGAUUACAGCUUGUUCAGAAUGUCUUCAUCUGUGUAGUCUCCAAGAUCAGAUCAGCAUAAAGUGGAAAAGUAUCAAAACCACUGUGGGUGAUGAUAACAUUUAAGAACUUGCACUUCAAGACCGUGACCUUUUCACGCUUUGAAUUCAGCUGCCGUAGGCACACUAUAGAAGACAACUUGCACAACUUCAUUUUGCAUCCCUUAAUAAUUUCUGUAUAAUAUUUCAUUAGCAUUGCAACCAUUCAUUAUAGCAGAUAAAGCAACUAAUCAACAAUAAUCAAUGUUAAAUGCCUGUAAAAGUGUCAUUAAUAA